AUUUUCCAAAUUACAAAACUAUUUGCUGGAUGCUUCAAGGAGCACACGCUGGAGGCGCUAAAAGUGUGCAAUUCUAGCCUCAGUUGUACGUUAGAUACGCGAACCGAAGUGUUUUCAGUUCUAUUGUUCUGCUUCUAAUACUUGGGAUCCUCACAUUUGAACAGAGAUGCACAACACACGAUCAAAGCGAUCCCAAUUCUGAACGCCUGAGAGAUGUAUUGCAUUGAAGUACCAAAAGUGUUUCCACCAUUCUGCUCUGGUUGGAUCAGAGAUAAGGAAAUUAGUGUUUUGAAUUCUGGCAUUGUGCUCUGAAUGCUUCAGUGAAUAGCCCAAGAGUUUGCAAUUUCAGCCACACCAGAGACACGCUCUGCCUAUAUUCAAGUGUUUAUACUUUGUGGAACAUCCCCAGAAAACUUAGGGAUUCGCGUUGGAUCUCCAAAAUGUUUCUAAUUCUAGUGAUUUUCAAUUAUAGCAUUCUGAUCUGAAUGCUUGAGAUGUUCGAGUUGGAACAUUCAAUAGUUUAAAUGUCGUUUUCAAAUACCAGUAAUAUCAAAGAUUCCUACAUGUUCUGUUUCCUACGCUUCAGAGAUAUGUAUUAAAGACGUUCAGAGAUACACGUUGCAGGACUGAAGUGAUUCCAAUUGCAGUAUUUUGCUGUGGAUGCUUCAGAGAAGUGGAAACGAUUGCUUUCAGUUGUAGCAUUUUGCUCUGGGCGCUGCAGAUACUCGAGUUGAAGCAUUCGAUAGUUAACAUUCAAGUUUUCCCACAAAAGUUUCAGAAAAACGCCCAAGUGUUUUCAAUGCCAGCGACAUCAGAUAUACGACCAACAAGAUUUAUGGUAUUCUAAUUCUAGCCUGAUGAUCUCAAUACUUCAGAUGUAUGUAUUUAAGAUCUCAAUCAUUCUACUACAGAUAUUAGAGCUGCAGCAAUCAAUCGUACAAAUUGAUCAACACUUUAAAUGCUCCAAAGAAGUGUCCAAGUUAAUUCCAGUGACAUAACAGAUACACGCUACCAAAUCCAAGAAUUCCUGCUGCUUGGAUUAUGUUCGGGACGCUUCCGAGAUAAUUCAAAUUGAAGAACUAAAGUGUAUUCAAUGUCUCAGUUCUCACCAAAAAAAAAAGCUUUUGACAUACGCGUUUGAGGAUCAAAGUGUUUUCAAUUCGGACAAAAAACUUUGAAUGCUUCAGAGAUAUUGACUUCAAGCACCUAAAAAUGCCACAUUUCAGCAUUAUACUCUGGAAGCUUCUGGAGAUCACUUGGUGCCAACUGGCAAAGAGAGAGAGAGAGACAGAUAGAGAAAGACAGCAAACGCCUCAAACUGUGGCACAAUGUGCUGUGUCAUCGCUCCGCGCAAAGUAACCGAGGUUCAAACAUCUCCUUAGCAACACCAAUAAACAAAACCAUCCUUCCAUCACCAAUGCUCCCAGGUGUCCUCCGUGCGCCCACUUGGAGGACACGGAACCAUGACCAACAGCCAACAACAACAACAACAACGGCAGAAUCCUCCCCCUAUAAUCAACAAACAAAAAAAAUCAAUCGAAUGGUCACGGUGAGUUGGCACCAGUCGCGCCAAGUAAUGGCCAAUUCGCGGGAUGUUUCGUGCAAUGUUUCGGUGCCCUAAGUCCGUCCGUGCGUCCGCGUGCCCGUUUUGAGGUUAGACAGUGCUUCACCCUUUCCUCUCGUGCUUGUGUUUGUGUGUGUGUGUGCGUUGUUUUUCUUUUUUUUACCAAACAGUUCCCUUAGCACAGGGCUUGCCGCAAGAAUGACUUGCGGUCCCUUUUUUCCCGACUGGUUUAGGUUGACACUGCGACAAUUAAUACGGGCAAAGGAUCAUUGUACCCCGUUGCUUUGUUGUUGUUUGUUCCGUUGGUCCGUUUGCUUAGCUGCUGCUGCUUCGUGAAUCGCCGUGCUCACACGCCAAUGGCCGUGGUCCUGGUUCCGUGCUGUCUAUGCAAAUUAGGCAUUCUCUCCCUCCCUCGUGCUCCCCAGUUCUGGGGGCAUUGGACCAAGGAUUGGAAAACUGUUCGAUCGGUGCCCCUGUCGUUCGGGCGGAGUUUUUGUUUUUGGGGGCCAUGUCCAUGUCGAUUACCUGCCGUUGAUAAGCGUUGGGGGGCGAACGGGAACGUCUAAAGUUGCUGAAAAGUUUGACGUUCGGGGUCAGGGCGUGCAAAGCCAGCAAACACCCAGGGACACAGCGGAGGCAGUGGCUGUUAUCAAAAUGGUAAAAGCAAAAACAAAAAAAACAAAUAAACGAAAGAAUCCACCUUUGGUCGUGGAACGGCGAAACGGGCAAAGUUUUCGACACCCCCGUUUGACGUUUCGGGUAUUGAUUGACACCGAAAUUUGGCAGGUGGAAGGAGGGUUGGGGGUUGGGCGUGGAGGCUUCUGGAGGUUUCUUGCUUGUGGCAACGGUGGCAAUUAUAAAUCCCCGUGCCACUACGCGUUUGUUUACAAAACCCCGUCCAUCCUCUUCCGAGUCGUGCGCAUCUACCGUGCUCCCUCCUGCCCUUGCAGUGUGAGCAGCGAAAGAACAAACGACCACGGGGAAACACAUCGCAGACAUGCGAUCAUGAGUUGGGUGCUAAAUAAAAGACACGAAUAAAUUGGACAAACAAACAGAAACGACCGCUUGCGACGGAAUAGAUAAAUUCUGUGAAAUUAAAGAAAAAUAAAAACACAUUCGGAAGUUCGCCGGAAGUUUUCGGAAGAAGAUACAAAAAUCUUUUAUCUACCUUUAUGUUUUUAUGUGUUAUUAUUUAACCAAUGGCGUUGUUAAAGUAACGUAAUAUGUCCUUUCUGUAUGCCUGCCGAUGUCGUUAGUUCCAAAUAAAGUAGUAAACUUCAGUGUUUUAACAAUUUAUCUUCAGCGGACGUUAAAGCAAUGAAAUAUGUAAACAUAACCCAUAAAAUAAACAAUCUUCCAGCUGUGGUACGUGUUGCAGAGGAUUGGAGGUCUCUUCCCGCUUCAUCUGCCCACCGUCACCGUUCUGCCCGUUGCAAUCCGACACCGAAGUUUGCGCGCUUUCCGACGCUCGCAACGCCGAAAAGGACAAUCCGGCUCGAAGGACCAAACACCGCUCGAACGUGCAGAAGCCGUUUGGCUAUAAACAACUACAAAAAAACACACACACACACCACGUUGCUAGCUAACGCAGCGACAACUCGGACCCGAAUAUUACCGAACGAACGCCAAACGCUCAAAAAAAAAAAUCGACAAGCCACAGCCAUAGAGCCCUUAAAAAAAGCGCAAAGAAAACCCGAAGCAAAAUCAGGCAAAACGCAAUGAGCACGCGGCGGCAGCCGAAGGAGGGGGCCGGCCCGGGGCGGAGCGCGCUGGCGGCCGCGUUCACCAGCAACACGAAGGGUGGGGCAAUGAUAAUGAAAAGCGUUUCCAUCUUUCUGGCCAGUGGCAGGCGAGCUUCGGCCCAGUCGAGAGAUCCGGCCGGGAGCAACAACGGUACCGCAGCGCAGCCGACCGGCGGUUCGCAGCAGGCGAAGGAGCACCAGGGCGCAGCAGCCGGCACCGGGCGGACGACGAUCUCGCGCGACAACCGACGCAUCCUCGCCAGGAUGGAUGAGCUGAACGGCAAGCUCAACCCGAAGAUGCUGGAGAUGUACAAGCGGCGGACGCACUUUUCCAAGGUGGAGGUGGAGGCGCUGUGCAAAAUCUAUCGCAAGCUGGUCGCAAACGCCAGCAUGAACUCGAAGGCACUGGCCGCCAGCAACCCGGGCGUAAUUGCCAAGGCCGGCUCCUCAAUGGACGGCAUCGACCGGUCGGUCUUUCGCGAGCUGCUCCACAGCACGUUCGACAUCGUGACGGAGGAGACGCUGAUGGAGCGCAUCUUCUGCGCGUGGGAGAAGGGCUACGAAGGUUUGCCGAUCCGGCUCGAGGGCUGGCUGAUGGGGCUGUCCACCUUUCUCAAGGGUUCGCAGGCGGAGAAGACCGCGUUCUGCUUCCGCGUGUACGACCUGAACAGCGACGGGUUCAUCACGAAGGACGAGAUGUUCGCGCUGCUGCGCAACUGUCUGAUCAAGCAGCCGCAGGACGAGGACCCGGAUGAGGGCGUCAAGGAUCUGGUCGAGAUUGCGCUGCGCAAGCUGGACAUGGAUAAGGAUGGCAAGAUUUCGUUCCAGGACUACCAGGAAGCGAUUGCGGAGGAGCCGCUACUGCUGGAGGCGUUCGGCCAGUGUCUGCCAUCGGAUCGGGCGACCAUGUCCUUCCUGUCGACACUGCAAGCCCAAGAGGACUCCAACUAAUGUUACCAACGCAAAAGCCCACUUCAAACAUCUCGAAGGAAUACUUCUCCGUAAGCAAACCACUUCGAACAAAGCACAGACCUGCCGGGUGACGGUUUGUGCGAUCUUCGUCUUAUCAUCAUCACCUUCCGCCUGCCCACCGACGGAAACCUGCACCACCAGUUGCACGGAGUUGGAGAGGAGUGAGGAAAAGGAAGGAAAACAGGUCAACCAUCCGUCCCCGCCUGACCUUGCCAUCCGUGCGCCGUCAGCGCAGUCGUCACCCCAAAAGUUAUGAUGCGCAUCGCAGCAUCGGCCGCACCUAAAAUCGAAGGUCACAACACAUGUUUUGGUUGGGCUUGGGGAGGGUAGGAGUCAAGGUACCGGAGGUUCCGCUUCCGGAAGACGUUCCGGCUAUUUUGAUUUUGCACUGUUUGCCAAUUUGCCAAACACUUUUUGCCACAUACACAUUGACGCACAUUAAUGCCUCGGAAGCAAAAACAAAAAAGCUUUCGACUUCGACGCGAUAGAGGUAGAUUUCUAACGUUGCUUAGGCAGGCGGGUGGGCCCAGGGACAGAGCCAGGCAGCGCAGGCAGCUCAACUAGGCUGUCGAGCAAUUAGCGAAAACGCCAAAUUAGAAAACUCACUAGAUGCAGGUACGACGGGUAACAGUAUCCUUCCUAGCUCAAGCCUUACGCCUAUGUAGCGAACCUCCAAACAGCUGUUGGGGGUAUGUUUUGUUUUUGAUGUACGAAAGAGACCAACCACAAACUUCCCAACAUGAGCAGAACUAUAUUAGUGAAUUAACGAAAGAAAGCUAUUUAUCUAGUCGUAAGUACCGGUUAGAUUCGUUUUGACAACGGUUGCAACAGUGUAUAGUUAUAUGUAGAAUGAGAAUGUGUUAACUUCCGAUUGCUUGCUGGACUUUAGAUUGUUUGAGAUUUCAUAGCAAUAGAGCAAACCGAGAGAGAGAGAGGGAGACAUCGAGUGAAGUGUUACAAAUAAAUGAAUUUGGGGUGUUGUUAGCAUUA